AGAUGCAUGCCGCAGUGUUUGUUUGGUAGAUGGACUGCAGCAGCACAAGCUGAAGACCUGCGCUGGGACGUCUGUGUCUGUCUGAGCCGCUUUUAACAUGUGGAAAAAAAAACUACCGGAGUAAUUUUAAGAUUUUCAUCAAGAAAGUGCAGAGAAAAGUUUUACUAAGGACAAAAGUCGACGGGAGGAAAGACGUUGUUGAAUUCGCUUCAGAGGCCUGAGUGCCAUGCCAGAGGGGUCCCAUUCUGCUCUCCACCAGGGCCCAAUGGGGGAAGAAUCUCCUCAGUUGUCCUCGCCGCUCUCCACCAGUGAACAUGACCAGACAAACAUUGACUUGAGCUCAGACUGUUACACCCGGCUAUGUGUGGAGCCAUUGGACGGAGAGGGUGAACGUCCAGUGAGCCUGGCGUCCACCCUGUCCUCUGGUUCAUCCCGUGAUAGUCGCAGCCUUUUUGGGAGCACCGUAGCCCUUCCUUCCUCCACCACCCCACCCAUACAGAGCGAGGAGGACAUAGACUUGGAGUUGAGCCCAGCCGAAAGCACCGUAGAGCGGGCAGGGGACCGAAGUCCCACCCUCACAUGCACCAGGGGCCGCUGGCAGGAACGGCUGGAGCCCAGGGUGAUCAGCAACCAGUGGAACAACAACGCCACCUCCGACAGGAAGGCAAGUGGUGAAAUACCUCACAUCCCCGCCCCGCCUGUCGUCACUCACGCCAUGGCGCCCAACCCAAAGCUGACCUAUGUGGAUCGUGUUGUCAUGGAGAUCAUUGAGACAGAGCGCAUGUACGUCAAGGACCUGCGCAGCAUCGUGGAGGAUUAUUUGGCUCACAUUAUUGAUAUGAGUAACCUUCCCAUACGGCCAGAGCAAGUGUGUGCCCUGUUUGGAAACAUAGAGGACAUCUAUGAGUUCAAUAGUGAACUGCUGCAGUCCUUAGACAUGUGUGAGAACGACCCUGUGGCCAUCGCUCAAUGUUUUGUAAAUAAGAGUGAAUACUUUGAAAUAUACACUCAGUAUUGCACCAACUAUCCCAAUUCGGUGGCAGCACUGACUGACUGCAUGAGGAGUAAAACUUUGGCCAAGUUCUUUAGCGAUCGACAAGCUGCUCUGAAGCGCUCCCUGCCUUUGGGAUCCUAUCUGCUAAAGCCAGUCCAGAGGAUCCUGAAGUAUCACCUGCUACUUCAGGAAAUUGCAAGGCACUUUGACUCAGACGAGGAAGGCUAUGAGGUUGUUCAGGAGGCCAUAGACACCAUGACCGGAGUGGCCUGGUACAUCAAUGAUAUGAAGAGGAAACACGAACAUGCUGUCAGAGUGCAGGAGAUACAGUCUCUUCUGAUCAACUGGAAGGGUCCUGACCUGACCACCAAUGGAGAGCUGGUGCUGGAGGGCACCUUUCAUGUCCUGCGGGCCAAGAACACCCGGACACUCUUCCUCUUCGAAAAGAUGCUCCUUAUUACCAAGAAAAGAGGGGAACACUAUGUCUACAAGACCCAUAUCUUAUGCUCCACCCUAAUGCUACUUGACAGUGCCAAGGAUCCCCUGCUCUUCAGUGUCAUCCAUUUCAAGCAUCCCAAGCAACCCCAUACAGUGCAGACCAAGUCAGUAGAAGAGAAGCGUCUCUGGGCCCAUCACAUUAAGAGACUGAUUCUUGAGAACCACAACACCAUCGUCCCACUGAAGGCAAAAGACGCCAUCCUGGACAAUUCUAACUACCCAGGGAAGUACCACUAUAGUCCUGAGAGGCUGAAGAAAGCAGAGUCCUGCCAAGCUGACGACUUCCAUCUUAAAGGGCAAAAUGGGAGAAGGAGAUCAGAGCCUGCAAAACAAAUCAUAAGGAGCACAAGAGCUGUUUUAAAGCAUGCAGACAGUGAGGGUGCAUUGCUGGGGGAGAGAUGCUCCCUUCAGCCAGCUACUAGUGUCAGUACACUGGCCUCCACUCUAUGCGAGCCCCAGGCUGAGAGUCCAUGUGUGGCGGAUGUAAUUUCCAGAAGGGACUCUCUGGAGCAGCUAAGUCCUACUGACAGUGACCUGAAACUGGGCUCUUCACCCAGUGAGGGGGGGCAGGAGCUGGAAAAGGAAGAGGAGGCAAAGGAAGAGGAGGAAGAGGAAGAGGAGGAGGAGGAGGAGAGUUACAAGGAAGAUAUACUGAUGGGAGACGACCAGGUAGCCGACUUUGCCAGCUCAGUGCUGGCAGCCAUCUCCUGCUGGCACUAUAGAGCCAGGGCUUUGCUUUCUACUCACUUCACAACGGAUGAUCAGAUCAGAGAUACGGCUGAACUGAAAACUAUACAGAGAGAGGAGGUAGAAACACACAGGCAGGAGGAAAAACAUGUGGAUGUGGCUGUGAAAGAAACUCUCGCCACACAGGUCAAUGCGGAGGAGCUGUGCCCUCUAGACUGUGUCCCUCAAGCAAGGAAGAGCGAUCAGCUGGAGAUGCAUUACUCCCAGUGCCACGAGUCGCCUGUCUACCCUUUGCAACAAGAAGCUGACACACCAGAACCUCAGGAUACCUCAAGAGAAACUGGAGAGGAAGAUGAAGGCGAGAGUGAUUUGUCUGUUCUCCAAGUGGAGGAGACGAGUGUACUGACAAACGGGGAGCUCUCAGAGGAGGAAGAAGAGGCGCUUUUAGACAAUAAAAGCAUCCUACCUUCCUCUGUGUUGGACCAAGCAAGUAUGAUAGCUGAGCGCUUCAUCAGCAGCCUCUCCAGACGGAGCAGUCUGGUCUCAGAGGACUUGGGUUCCCUCGCCUGCCCCUCACCCUCAAUAGAUAAUGACGUCUUCAAAAGCCCCUCAGCUUGCAUGGACUUUGAGGAACAGACCCAAAUGUUGGCCAGCUCUUCCCUAGAGCCACAGGUGACCUCAGAGGCUUACCUUUCAACGCGUGCACACGAUCCUGCACUGAACGCCCUCAUCGAAGGGAAACUCAGGUCCACUCUCUCUAAACAAGAUCGCCUCCUCAUCCGCAAGAUCAGAAGAUACUACGAGCAUGCUGAGCACCAAGAUGCUAACUUCAGCAUCAAGCGCAGGGAGAGUCUCUCCUAUAUCCCAGCAGGUCUGGUCCGGCACCUGAGCCGACAGCUUAACAGUGUUCCUCAGGAGCAGGCUGUCCCAGUCCACAAGAAAGGCCUCUCUCGGAACCGCCCCACUUCCUGGUCUGUGUUUGACCUUCCUGGCUUGGAAAAGAUUCAAAACACUGACACUCCUCAAAAGGCUGAACCACAGAGACCAGUGGAGGUCAAGGCUAGAUCUCAGAGCAUCACAGAUUCCUCUACCACAGAAGAAGAGGUCAGACUCUCAUCAGACAUGCACAAGGUUCUGCGAGACAUGGAAAUGGAGGAGGAGAGCCAGGAUGUCCUGCAUUUUGCGGAGGAGCAACUUAAUGACUCAAGAUUAGAAGAGAUGCAGGAUAUCAGCUCAGACACUUCAGAUGUUACAACCAGUAAGCAACCACCUCCUAUUUUAGAAGAGUCUGAAUUAAGCACUGUCUCAGAUGGCUCCUCCAUCUCAUCCCCCACCACCACCUUUCCAGCAGUGGGAGGAUCCUGUCAGGACUCAUCUGAAGACCAGAGCCAUGUAAACCAUGGCCAACUACCCAAGAUUAUUAGCUUCCGAACGAGUAUUGACGAGGACCAGAUCCUACAAGACAUGGGAAAGAUGAAAAGCAAGGUGUUCCAGCUGGCACGUCAGUACAGUCAGCGCAUCAAAAAUAACAGACCAAUGGUCUGGCAGAGGAACCGAGAAAGAGCAAAUCAACAGGGCUUGAAGACUAUGCCCGCUGUUCACGAGGAGAAGAUGCAAUUACAGAAAAAGGGUAAACCCAACCUGAGAUUGCCCUUAAAGACUUGCGAUCAGGCGGUCAUCCACGAAGAGUGUUCUCCGAGCCCGGGCCAGACCCCCAGCUCUGAAGCCAGCUCCCAGAGCACAGUUAGCUUCCCACAAAGCCCACCGCCAGAGACAGAUACCUUCCACUGGCCUGACGUACAGGAGUUGCGCAUCAAAUACACAGACACCUCCCACUCCUCAAAAGUAACCCGUAGCUGCACAGUCCCAAACGGGAUGCUGGGGUGCUGUGCAAACAGGUGUAAUGGCUGCUCACACAAGUACAAUAGUGCCUCUGAUCUUCACAAAGCUCUGACAGACUGUCCGAGGACACCGUCUGAGACGGUAUACAAAGAAAGGUGUCCUGUGGUAGAGGACUGGACCCAGCCCCAGCUUCCGCCUCUGCUGUGCAGGUGGAGCUCCUUGGACCACAUGCUUGGGUCUCUUCCCCUCCAUGAAGUACAGAACCUUCAGGAACCUGUGAGAAGCUGCUACGACAGUCCGGUGUCUCUGAUAACAAAAGAAACUUACAAACUACAAGAUGGGGACAGCGUUUUCCAAGGGGGCCAAGACUGUGCCACAAAGUCUGCUGCGCCGGUUUCAGGGAAGUUGACAGAAAGUAAUCUUGUGAAAAGCUUACGAGAGAAAUUCCAGAGCUUAACCACAAGUUCAUGAACAUGUGAAUUAUGUAAAUUUUUAUUAUCAGGGACUAUCAUGUGGAAACACUAUUUCCUUGCCCCCCCCCCCCCCCCAAAAAAAAACGCAACAACAAGGAAAAGAAUGCAACUUUUUGUCUGCACGUUGUUUUCACUGUAGGACAUAGUGAUGAUGUUUGGUCCCAGUGUAACACAAAGGGAUAUUAUUGGUCAUCGGUGAGGACCAUGAGGGGAAAGUAUAUUGUCUUUAAAAAGGUGGGUUGCAAUAUUUGUACAUUGGGUAUUUGACUGUACAAGUGUAUGUAAAAAUGUGUAUAUAGUCUCUUGUAUGAAUUCAAGAUUAGGUUCAACUCAAUUGUUAUAUGUAUCUAUUUGGUCCCCAGUGUAACCACUAUAGCAAUGUUACCAUUUAACCAUGUAAACUGUCCGGUGUAUUUUUAGGGGAAAGCAAAAAGGAGUUAAAGUGUCAUUGACGAGAGAGCUGUGUCUCUGACCGACUGUACACCAAAGAGGGUUUCCUUUUUAACAUUUGUUGACUUUCAUGCAUGUGGUCACAGCAGUUAUUUGUGUAAUUAAUUCCACGUUUACUGUAGCUGCUUCUAAAACUGUUUUCACAUACUGUAUCACUGGAGCUUUAUUUUUUUCAAUAAGUUGUAUAUUUUCUUUAAUAUUAUUUAUAAAACUGUAUAUUUGGGAGAUUGGCCUCAUGUAAAUACUGACCAGUAGCAACCCUUUUUACUUUCCCAUUCCAGAAAAUAUAUUGUUUCAUACUUGAAGUUUCCCAUAUUUUCAAUAAAAACGGUGGUAAGGAUCCACAUA